AUGGCGAAGCUGACACCCUCGAACAAUCUCGCCUACACCGCGCCAAUCAACCCUCCCUCCGUAGAACCCAAACUCACGAUUGCGCAAAUCUGGCGCGGUCUGGAGCUCAAGAUCCGCGCAGGUCAGGACUUUGUCGGCGGCGCUUUGCUCUCCACGGACAUCAUCUCCGAGUCACAAGACGACCAAGGGCGUCCCGUCACUGUACGCGAAGUCGUCUUUCGAGACGGCAAUCGACGGGUGCGGGAGACGUGCAUAGGUUUCGAGCCCAUGAAGGUCGAGUUCCACCAGCCCGAUGGGUCCAAGGUGCAGAAUGUGAUUUCUCAGGGCGCGGGGGAGGAAGGUGUCGACCUGUACAUGACAUAUACGUUCGAGUGGCUGCAUCCGGAGUGUGAGGGCGAGGCGGGCAAAAAGCAGUUAGAGGAGAAGAGACAAAAGGAGACGAAGAUUGCGAAGAUGGCUGUGGAAGAAACGAUCAGGAUCAUGAGGGAGAUGGUCAAGGAUGGGAGGAUCAAGUGA